GUUUCGAAACAUUAUUUUUCAGCGUUGACUACUUGGAAGUAGUGCAGUAUCCUUGCCUGCUAGGUGCCGCCGACGCUGCGGGGCGGUGUUGCUUCCACUAGUACUUCUUUGCAGAGUCACUGUGUGCUGUCGUAUUACAAUUCUUCCAGCGUGAUAGCGUAUCGAGCUUUAGCGGCGAGCGUGGGUUAGCAAGUGUGUGGCGGGUAGUACUCGAAAUUUAUCGGCAGAAGUGCUAAAGGUGCUAAAGGUUGUUUUUUCCAUUCUAUGUUAAUGAUUUCUCGUGGCGGCUUAGGCUAUCAGUGACCUCCGACUUGACUACAUAACCACGGACGCAAAGCUCGGGGCAGCGGACACGGAACAAAUGCAAGCCACGAAACAGUUUUCUCCUGGCGACAAACAGAAAGAAUGCUUGGAAAGUACAACCAAACUUGGGCGGGUCGACUGCGUUUCGGUGUGCGAGUGCCCGCCGCUGAGACUUUCGGAAAGCUCCGCAAACCUACUGUCGCCGACAUGUAGCCAACUGGAGCUUGCGGAUUACAGGGCUGGCAUAUGCAGCCCUGAAAUUGGGUGUCAGGAAAAUGAGCUGGAGCUUGUGGGCUUCCAAGUUGUUGGACAGGGUAUGCGGCCCACGUCAUCUGCCUCGCUGACCUGCAACAGCUAUGUGUCCCCCUCCUCCGGGGACUCCACCCCAACUUCCUUCGCGGCCGACACGGAAGCGGACAGCGCCACCGACUACAGCGCCACCGCCGCCCACACUGCUGACUACAGCGCCUCCUCGGUGCUCACACUAAAGCCGUCCGCAUGUGUUGUUAAUAAAGACGCCCUACCAGGGCUGUCUUGCGGCGGCGGCAGUGACAGCGACGGCACACACGGCGGCAACAGCCCCGCGGUGGAAGGCAUGGCGUCCGGCGAGGUUUCGUACGCCAGUGAUGAGGACGACGGCAGCCCCUACCUGCCGCGAGAGAUACAUCCUUUUGAUGUGCAGCUGGCGCGCAUGCUCUCGGCCGUGUCACAGGCCGCCGGCGCCAGUCCCGCUCAGCUGCUGCAGCCGCUGCUGAAUUUCGCGGCGGAGGACUACCAGGACUUGGUGAACGCGCUUGUGGAGAGCGGCUGCGGUUGCGUGCACCUGCUGGCCUGCCACCUGCACAACCUGCGCACAAUGGCGGAAGAGGCUAUAGAUAACUCGUCGCCAGCUGCAAUCACAGCGGCCGCUGCCACAGCCCGUGCCGACGCGGCCGCAGCUAAUACAUCUACAGCUACAGCUACAGCUACAUCCGCAAAGGCCGCGCAGGCCGGCAAGGGCGCAUCCGAGCGAGGCAUCGGCGGCAGGAAGGGCAGGGCCAGCACCCAGGCAGCGAGUGCAUCCUCCCCGGAUGCGGGGCCCGAGGAUAAAGCCGCUCAGGAGUCCCUCCGUGCUUCCAUUAUGGACCAGUACCGUCGUGUCGUGUAUCGUCUGGUGGACACAGCGCUCGGGCUGCUCAACAAGGACGCGGGGCAUCUGCCGCCGACCGUACAGCCUCCGCCGCCACCGCCACCGCCGCCGCCAUCGAUUGGUCGUGGCUGCGGCGGGGCAGGUGCUACUAGCAGCGGCCGGGCCCAAGCAGAGCAGCAGUUGGGCCGGUCGAGGUCUGUUCCAGUUUCUGGCUCCGCGGCUGCCGUCGCGGGAAUACCCACACAGGCAGUCGGUGCUGUUGCUUCAGCAUCGCUGCUGCGCAGCGGGCAAGGCCAGAAGGUCAUGAUGCCAGGCGCUCCGACGUGCAUUAAUUCCGUCUUAUCAUCGAACAGCACAAUGAUUUCAAGGGCAGCUGGAGAGACAGCAGGGAUUGGUGCAGCGCCGCGAAACACCGGCGUUCCUGCCUCUGUUUUCGCUGCAUUGGCAAAUGCCGCAGACGCCGCGCCGCCGCGAAACGGCUUCGUUGACGCCGUUGACGUCAUGCAAGCCAUGAGGAUGCAGCAGUUGGCGCCGAGCACCGCCCCAGAUGUCGUGGAGGCGCUGUCCAUACAGCACCUCAGCGGCGGCGCCGCCGGCCCUUUGACGACAGCAGCAGCGGCGGCGGCUGCGGCGGCGGCAGGACCAUUGUUUACGGGCCCCACAUCCAGCCUGGCAGCCCGUGGGCGUAGCUUGUCGCAGUCGUCCGCGUUGACUGGCUCUGGCGUGAUGCCUGCGGCUUCUGCCACAGCAGCGGCCAGGGGCCGUGCAGCGACCGCGGAGUCGUACACAGGUGUCGGGGCGGGGCUAGGGCCCCAGCUGGGCCUGGGUCUGCCCCGGGGUUUACAGGUCCUUUCGCCAUCGGAUCUGGCGCCGCCGUCAGCCCUGACGGCGUCCUCGUCGGCGAAUAUGCUUAACGCCGCCGCCGCCGCCACAGCGGCGCAGCUGAUGCAGGCGUAUGACAAUGCCGCUACGUUGGCCGAGCAGGGCGUCUGGCGGCCAGAGGAUUCCCUUGCUGCGCUGCAGUGGCAGUUGCCGACAGCGGCUGCGGUGGCGGCUCCGUUCGGGGGCCCCGUCGGCGGCCUCGUCGGACCCCUAUCAUCUGCUGGAUGCGAACAUCCGCAGCCUGACCAUCAGCAGCAGCAGCUUAUGAUGAUGAUGCAAAGUGGCCUUCUGCCAGCAGCUGGCGCUGGGACAGUGGGUGGCAACGUCGCAGCUGUUGCGGCGGCGGCUGCUGCUGCUGCUGCUGCUCUGCCGUACGGCACAGCGACCUCCUUCCCUGGCGUCCAGCUUCCUGGUGGCUGGAUUGUGUAG